AUGGCAGAUUUUAUACUAUUUUAUAUCAAAAAAUAUUUUUAAAAAUUAUUUUAUUUUUUUUUUAAAUUAUACUAAAAAUCAUACAAUUUUGGGGCUAAUUAUAACACAGCUGCUUUCUUUAUCAAUUUAUUCUCUAUUAGCACCGUUUUAUCCAUCAGAGGCAAGGCACAAAGGAAUACAUGGAGGUAUGAUUGGCCUAGUUUUUAGCUGUUACCCAAUUGCAGCUUCAAUUUCAUCACCUUUAAUAGGGAAAUAUUUAGGGUACUUAGGACGUAAAAGAAUGCUUUUUGUGGGCUGCUGCUGCAAUACAUUGGCUAUGAUAGGCUUUGGCUGCAUUCCAUAUAUGAAUAAGCACGGAUUUUUAAGUAUUAGCAUAUUAUCUAGACUAUUACAAGGUUUUGGUGCUGGAUGUAUAGGAACUUCUUCAUUUGCUAUUGUAGCUGCAAGGUACCCAGAUAAGAUGGAAACAAUGAUGGGCUUUAUGCAAACUGCAAGCGCUGUAGGAUUUAUGUUAGGCCCUUUGUUUGGGUCUGUAUUAUAUUCGAUAGAUGGUUUUAGUUUUUUAUUUUUUACUUAUGGAUUGAUAUUUCUAUUCUUUUUACCUUUUUUCUGUGUAAUGAUACAAAAGGAUGAAAAAUAUUUCAAGCCUGACAAUAUAGUAAUUUUAAUUGAUUUUAAAAAAAAAUUAAUAUGAUUUUUUUUUAAAACAUUAUAACGGAUUUUAAUAUUUUUUAGCAUAAUAUUAAAGCCAUGGACUUUAUAAAAGUAUAUCCUGCAGUUUUAGACUUGAUUUUGGUAGUUUUAGCAGCAGCCUGUCUAAGCUUUCUAAACCCAACUCUUGCAGACCAUUUAGAGACUUAUAAUAUUCACAUUGUUGUAGCUGGGAUAAUUUUUACUUUGCCGACUCUGAGCUACAUUGUUGUAGUUAUUGCAAUUAAAUAUAUUCAUAUUGAGAGAAAAGCUAUUAUGGCUUUAGGAUUAUUUACAAUUGGACUUGCAUGUAUAGAAAUCGGGCCUUGGAAAUAUUCAGGACUUCCGCAUAAUUUAGGGAUUGUGAUUGUAGCUUCAAUUACUUUUGGGAUUGGAUACGCAUCUUCCAUUAUUCCAUCCCUUCCAGAUAUGAUUGAUAGUUCUCAGACCUUGCUAUCUCAGUAUGAGCAUCAACAAGUCUCUGAUUUUAUUUUUUAUUUAAUAAGCUUUGUUGGAGUCGAAUAG